AGCUCCGUACUAUUUCCCGUUAGUUCUUGAAAACCUUGGCAAAACAGAGAUCUCCUCCAUGUUCGAACUCGCAACCGAUACUGUUAUUGUAUGUGGAACAAUGACUGGAGAUUACAACACCUUCUCAACUGAUACUUUUGCAUUGAAAAUGAAUUACCUUGGAGAAAUUCAGGCAAUGAAAUUCUACAGAACAGCCGUUGACAAUCCAACUGAAGUUAACUGCAACAAAGGGUUGUCUGGAUUCUUCCUGUUUCUGAAAUCGUCUACAAAUCUAAUUGUAACUCAAAUGGACAGCAACUUGGACGUAACGUACUCUUCAAGUACCCCAGUGGCUUCAACAUUUCUGAUGGCACACACCUCUUCAACUGAUAAACAUGCUGUGUACUUCUCAGAGACUAAUGGAGAUGUGUAUAUGCUCUGCAUGAAUGGGAUUGCAGAUACUGCUCCAAGUAGUCUAAAAUUCAAAAACAAUGGGUAUCCCUUUACCCAUUCAUCAAACGUGCUUGAGACAGGAGGUUAUCAUGUUGGUUUUAUGUCUGAUGGAAAUCGAGGUAAGUCAGACAUCUAUUAUUAACUGAUUUCGUGUAAUAUGAAUGGGUUUGGAUCAAGUAACAACUCAGAUAUAAUUUUCAAAAAUCUCUGUGAAUGAACUCGAUCAGGCAGUAAAAGUUGGGCAGAGGGAAAUGGAGUUUCCUUAGUAUAAUUCCAUUUUGACGAGGAAGCCAUAUUCGAGU